AUGGCAAUACACUCAGCCUUAGCUAGCUCAGCCAUCCUAGCACCUGACCCUCGGGCCGCAUAUCAUAAUUACUUUGACGCCCAACGCUCUCUCGUCAAGGCGGGGUGGCGGGCAAGACGCCCUUCAGGCCUCAGCUCAGACCAUACAUACGUCAAGCCGGGUGUUAAAGGCAAGCUACGCCAGGACAAGGUCGAUAUUGACUAUUUCAUCGAUCAAGAAGCUACGGUGGAAACCACUAAUCCGGCUGCAACAGAAGAGGAAGCUACGGUGGCGACCGCUAAUAUGACAGCUACAGAAGAAGCUAUGGUGGCGACUGCUAAUAUGGUUGCUACAGAACAAGGGGUUACGGUGGGAACCCCUAUUAUGGCUGCUACGGAACAAGGUGCUAAUAACGCUGUUGAUACGAGCCAAAUUGCUAUUGAGGAUACAAAUGCUGGCGGUGGGGCUGCAAGUUUCGAGGAGGAACUAAAGCCUGACGACGAACCGGGUCUAGAGGCAUGUGCUAGAGAUGACGACGAGCCGGGUCUAGCUGAAUUUGAUCGAGAUGACUUUAUGGAGGUCUUCCGUGCUGAGAAUCUCUUUGGUCCAGUUGAUGUAGAUGAUGUCAAUAUUGGUGACGAGUCGUUCCUGUGCAGUGCCGAGUCAGACGACGAGGAUUCGGCAGAAGUCAAUUCAAAAACACGAGAUUUUGCACGUAAUUGCGCUGUUGGUGGCGCGUAUAUAAGGACGGCUUGCCGGAGCAUUGGGCUAUCAGUGAAGAAGGUGCCGUUCCCUGGGGAACCUUUGGAAGAGUUGAAGUUUAUCUUGGUGCUAAACCAAGAAGAAGAGCGAAGGCGCAUCCCAAAGGCCGACAGCUUCUACAGCUCACCUGCGCUGGCACUUUCACUUCUACCACUGGGGUUCUACUACGUUGGGACGCAACGAAGCGACCGACCGGGGUGGCCCAAAGAGCUCAUGUUCAAGCAGAAGAAGAAACCGCAGUCCAUGCCUCGAGGAACGUACAGGAUUGCCCAAGCCAGACAAUACCCAGAGCUUGUUGCUGCCGCAUGGAUGGACUCGAGCCCUGCUCAUAUGAUCGCCACAGGGUGA